UGACAGCUUGACGGUUAAUCUCAGUUAGCGGUGUAGCUCACUUGCGGUAGGGUGCUAGCUAAAAAAAUGUCUGACUGGGAAGAUGAGUACGACGAAAACGGCGUCGCUAUCGAGAAAUUCGCGACAAAAUCAGUCCAAAGUGAACGGAAGUUCCCAGGUAAUAAUGGUCGAAGAGAAAAUCCGGUGUCUUUUGGGGUAAAAAGUAGCAACACAUUUGGUGCCCCGAUGGAGUGGAGAGCUCGUUAUGGCGACACGCCAGAGUACAGAAGCCAGAGGGAUGGAGGUGAGAGAUGUUCGUCUACACAGAGCAAGGAGCGCCGAGGCCCACCGGGAAGACGUGGCUUUGGGGAAGGGAAGUCCGCACCUGUUACCAUAAAUGUGGAAAAUGGGUCAGUUGGAAGAAUAAUAGGUCGAGGAGGAGCAAAAAUUCGUGAACUUGAAGAGAGCAGCGGCGCAAGAAUCAAGAUAAACAAGGGAGACUAUGAAGGUGAGGUGCUCAUCUUUGGGUCCUCAACUGCCCAGCAGAAGGCCAAGGAGAUGAUUGAAGAACUGGUAAUGGAUGGCAACUCUUGUUUUCGCAGUGGUCCAGGUAAAUGCGGGGGUCUCUACCCAGGAGGAGAAAGUGGUGAUGAAGGAGGCCAAAAAGGGAGAGAUGAUGGCGGAAUAAGAAAAGGCUCUGUGUGGUCUAAUACAGCGUUGCAGGCUGCAAGUGUGGCUCCGCCCCGUGAAUCCAUAGACUGGAACUCCAUCCGGGAGAACAAGGACAAGUAUGCAGCGCUGAAAUGGAAGGACCUCCCACCCAUGAAGAAGCAGUUUUACACUGAGACAGAGAGUGUUUCCAUGCUCACAGCAGAGGAAGUCCGUGAAUGGAGGAAAGAGAACAACAAUAUCUUUGUGGACGACCUGAUAGAGGAGGGGAAGAAGAGGCCCAUCCCUAACCCCUGUCGCACCUUUCUGGAGGCAUUUGGGCCCUAUCCAGAAAUCAUGGAAAAUAUUGAUCGUGUUGGCUUUGCCAAACCAACUCCCAUUCAAUCUCAGGCCUGGCCAGUGCUGCUAAGUGGGGAGGACCUGAUAGCCAUUGCUCAGACAGGGACAGGGAAAACCCUGGCCUACUUGCUGCCAGGAUUCAUACAUAUGGAGGGCCAGCCUGUUCCUAGGGCUGAGCGGGGUGGUCCUGGUAUGUUGGUACUGACUCCAACCCGAGAACUGGCACUGCAGAUUGAAACAGAAUGCAAAAAAUACCAUUUCAAGAGCUAUAACAGUAUCUGUAUCUAUGGUGGAGGGGAUAGAAGAGCCCAGAUCAGUCUGGUGAAGGGUGGAGUGGACAUAGUGAUCGCCACACCAGGACGACUAAAUGAUCUACAGAUGAAUGAGCUCAUCAAUCUUAGCUCUAUCACCUACUUGGUGCUGGAUGAGGCUGACCGUAUGCUCGAUAUGGGCUUUGAGCCCCAGAUUAUGAAGAUUCUACUGGACAUCCGCCCAGAUCGGCAGACUGUCAUGACAAGUGCCACCUGGCCCACUGGUGUGAGACGACUGGCCAAAUCCUACCUUAAGAACCCCAUGAUGGUUUAUGUGGGCACCCUGGACUUGGCAGCUGUUGACACAGUACAGCAAACAGUGUUGAUAGUCCGCGAAGAGGAGAAAAAGUCUUAUUUGUUUGACUUUAUCGGAAACAUGCUGCCUGAAGAUAAAGCCCUCAUUUUUGUCGGCAAGAAGCUUAUAUGUGAUGACCUGUCCAGUGACAUGUGUCUGCAGGGCAUGGCUGUGCAGAGUCUACAUGGUGACCGUGAGCAGUGUGACCGGGAAGAGGCCCUCAAGGACUUUAAAGAGAGUCGAGUUCGUAUCCUGGUUGCCACAGACUUGGCAUCUCGUGGGCUGGAUGUCCAUGACAUCACACACGUCUUUAACUUUGACUUCCCACGUAAUAUAGAGGAGUAUGUGCAUCGUGUGGGCCGCACUGGACGAGCGGGACGGUCAGGUGCUUCUGUUACGCUGGUAACAAGAGAAAACUGGAGGAUGGCCCCUGAACUUAUUCCCAUCCUGGAGCGAGCAGGACAGGAGGUGCCUGAGGAACUAGUGCUUAUGGCCGAGAGAUACGAGAAGCACAAGAGGGAGAAGGAGGCGUAUGGUCCAAGGGGAGGACAUGGAGGAGGAGGAGGGGGGAGAAGAGAUGAUGGAAGAAGAGGAGGCAGGGAUCGAGGACAAAACUGGGGAUUCUGAUGCCUGGUUGUAAAUCAGAAUGAAGCAGGAUCUGAAACCACCUGUGUUCUUACAACGUAUUGAUGUACAUAGCAUUUUGUUUGUUGCUAUACAUUUUUCUUUGUUUUAUUUACCUUCCAUUAUCAGUUUGAGGCAUUUGCACCUCAUUUGGUUUUUCUCCUGUUUUAAAAAUGUUUAAAAUCCACGUUUGACUUUCAACUGUAACUUACCAGCAACAGCAGUGUGUAGUAUUCUUCUGAACACUUGGUUGUCAUUUUUUUGAUGUGUUAUAAAGAACCCUGUGUAAUAAUAAAUUCUCUUUUUCAAGA